AUGCUCUGCUUUGUGUUUGGGUUGUCGCUGCUCGACAGGACCAACAUCUCAGCUGCAUACAUUGCAGGUCUCGGAAAGGACUUGCAUCUCGGGAUUGAAAAUCGCUAUAAUAUUGCCCUACUUGUCUUCUUUGUCGGUUAUGCACUGUUCGAACUACCGUCCAACUAUAUCAUCCGACGCCUUGGUGCACGCAUAUGGCUCUCUAUCCUCAUCAUCCUAUGGGGUGCAUGUGUCCUCGGAAUGGGCUUCGUGAAGAACUGGCAAGUGUUGACGGUUCUGCGAGCCUUUUUAGGCGUGUUUGAGGCUGGACUAUUUCCAGGAGCAGUAUACAUAAUCGGUUCAUGGUACCGACAAUACGAGACAGCGCAACGAGUGUCGAUCUUCUACAUGGCGGCAUUGAUGGCAUCGGGAUUCGGACCGAUCUUCGCUUAUGCACUAUCUCUCAUCCACGUUGGUGAUGGCAUGUUCCGCAGGGGUUGGCGAUGGAUUUUCAUCAUUGAAGGCGUCGUCACCAUUAUCGCCGGAUUUGUCGCGCCUUUCUUCCUUAUCGAGUUUCCCGAAAAGGUCAAAUUCCUGACUGCUCGCCAAAAGCAUAUCGCCAUCACCCGUGUUACGCUAGAGAAGAAGGAAGUUCAUACUGAAUAUGCUACCGUUGGAGAGUCCCUAAGAAUGUUGCUGGAUUGGAAGCUUGGAGUCUACUCUCUCCAGUACUUUGUAGCGGCAUCAAGUGUUUACUCAUUGGCGUUUUUUCAACCAAUUAUCCUUCGUGAGGGGAUGGGAUUCUCAUACGCAAAGGCGCAAUUACUCUCUGCGCCACCGUACAUAUUCACGGUUUUUGCAUCGCUCGCGACCUCGUGGUUGUCAGACAAAAUCCGCCUGCGAUGGCCUAUCUUGAUCGGUCAGUCUGUGAUUGCCAUUGUUGGUCUGGUGAUUGUCCUAUACGGUGGAGCGCCUGGUGCACGAUAUUUCGGGCUGUUCCUCGCAACUUGGGGCACCCAGGGAAACGUCCCAGCAACAUUAGCGUAUGGUCAAAACCAGACCGCCAGGGUGCAGAAACGCGCGAUUGUUGCGGCUGCCAUGAUUUCUGUAGGUGCUGCUGGUGGAGUGACAGGAAGCACAAUCUUCCAGGCUAAAGAUGCUCCACAAUAUUUGCCGGGUAUGUGGGCGACUAUCGCGAUGCAGAUGCUAUACUCGAUUGCCACAUUCUGCAUGUCGACGCACUUCAAGCGGAUGAACAGGCUUGCGGAUGAGGGCAAAAGACCAGCUUUGGAAGGCGUGGAAGGAUUCCGCUAUGCCCCAUGA